UUUUUUACACAGUUUAGAAAUUCCCGAGAUGUCGGUCACCCAAGCAGCGUUCAAAGAUGGUCAAAAAUGGGAUUUAAAUGAAGAAGAGUCAGAUUUCGAGGAAUAUUAUGAUGCGUGCUCGGAUCAUUACGGCUUUGAUAGCUAUAAAACUGAUUUUAAAACAUCUAUAGAGCACGCCGAACUGGCGUUGCAGUAUUUUUUUAAUAACCAAUUCGAUGAAGCAAGAAAUAUUUUGCAACCAUUCGCCGAAACAAGCUUUUAUCACUCAUUGGGAUAUGCAGUAUUUUCUUUUCUUGAGGCUAUGCUUACUUUCGAAAAUAUCGAGGGUGCGUCGGCGAAAAUAAAAAAGUGUAUAGAGCUUUGCCAAUUAUUCAGGAAAAAGAAUACUCUAACGGAAUCCAUCACUAGUACAUUCAAGAAGAAAAACUAUUCCCAGCUAACAGAUCAGGAAUGCCAUGCUGAGCUGUGUUUGGCAGAGGCUUUAUUAAUGAACGCCCUCUUAACAUUCAUUGAGAAUGAUAAUCUGAGUGGACUGAUUCGUGGUAGCCUCAAAGUACGGCAAUGUUAUAGUGGUUUCAGAGCAUGUGAGCAAAUAAUGAAGUCUCGUGAAUGGAUCUUCGACGUGGUCAAGGACUCAGCAUCGGCUAGCACCCAUUUCGCCAGUGGAGUGUAUAUGGGGAUUGGAACGUUCAACCUUAUGAUAUCAAUAUUACCUGGACGUAUACUAAACAUUCUUAAAUUUAUUGGAUUUACGGGCAGCAAGACUACUGGCCUAGAUUAUCUAAAGAAGGGAAACCGAGAAAAAGGGUUGCGCCAGAUUCUUUGCGGAUUGUCCUUGCUUGGGUAUUAUCUUGUGGUAAUAGCUAUGCUAAGCGAUCGGCAGUCGGACUCCGAUGUACAGUUUUGCGAUGAAAUUCUAACAGCUCAGCUUGCCAAAUAUCCAAAGGGAGGAUGGAUACUUUUUCUUAAGGGACGACUCGAGCUAAUCAAAGGAAAUUUGUUUGCAGCAGAGUUAUGGUACUUAAAAUCAGUGCAUUCACAAAUCACGUGGCCACAACUUCACCAUUUAAGCUUUUGGGAGCUUUUUUGGUUGAAUAGUCUAAUGGGAAAUUGGGCAGAGGCAGAACUAUAUGCAACAUAUUUGCUGCAAAAUAGUAGUUGGUCACGAACCAUUUAUACAUAUAAUUUAGCCGCGGUCAAAUUGGCAUGCAUUCAACAGAGAAGGACCACUGCUUGUAACAUUACCGAUCCUGAUAUACAGGCUCUAAUGCUUGAAGUCCCCGCAUUUAGACAGAGGAUUUCUGGGAAAUCGCUACCAAUGGAGAAGUUUAUGAUUAAGCGAGCAAUUCGUUUUGGCGCUCAAAACAGUGAUCUCGUUCUCCCGCUUAUCGAGCAAAUGUAUCUGUGGAACAUAUUUAAAUUGAUUAAAGCAAACUCACUUAUCGCCGACGAUAUUCUACAGACAAUUAAUAAAGAGUUAGUCCUGCUAAAGGACCCAAGUCAAACUUCACAAUUAUACUAUGCAGACAAUCGAGCCCUUUGUCUCUUGCUGCGUGGAGCUUUCUAUAGGCAAAUGGAGCAGCCGAAUCUAGCUCUUCAGGACUUGCACGAUUGCUUAACACAAAGAGGAAUUAAGGAGGACUUGUUUUUAUUACCAUAUGCUUAUGUUGAGUCCGCCCUUUGUUACGUACCUUUCAACAAAAAUCAAGCCAUAUCCAUGCUACAGGAUACCAAGAAAAAGUUUUCGCACUACGCGUUAGAGUCCCGGCUGCACCUCAGGAUACACAUGGCGCUAAUGGAUUUAAAUGAUAAUACCGACGGGGAAUUGUAAAUUCAGGAUUUUUUGGAUUUGUUUAGUUGUUUCUAGGUAUGCUUUCUGCAGAAAUCUGUUCUGCAUUGCGCAGAGCAAAGUAGGAAUAAAAGCUUGGUUAUAUUGUUCAGUAA